AUGCCACCACCGCUUCUGUCUCUCUCUCUAGGCACCCUUUUAAAACGCUCCUUCCAUUACUCCCGCUUCGCCAUCCGAGUCCCAUCACUCGCCAUUUUACUACUGAUAAGAUCACUAAAGGAACGAGAAGCCGAAUCAAAGAGAAGGCGGGGGAGAAAAGCAUACCUCAUGGUCUUCGGAUUCCGCUUCUCCUUCUCCCUGUCGAGCCUCAGCCCUGGCGCCAACCCUUGCCGCCGCCGCGACGCGCCCCACCACAUGCGCUCCACCAGCCUGCCUUGCCCCGUCCUCUCCCCCCUCCUGGACGAGAUCCGCUCCCUCCGCUCCUCCCCACACCGCGAUGGGUUUGCCCGGAUCAACCGCCUCCUCGCUGCCCUUGACGAUCUCCUCCACCUUCCCCGGACCCGGGACACUCUUCGCCGCCGGCCCGCCUGGGCCGACCGCCUCUUCGACGACUUCCUCCGCCUCGCCGACGCCCACGGCUCCUUCAUCUCCGACGCCAUCGCCCUCAAGCAGCACCUCUCUGAGGGUCGCACCGCCAUUCGCCGCGGCGACCCCGUGCGGCUCGCAUCCGCUGCCCGAUCCCACCGCCGGGUGGAGAAAGAGAUCGCCGGGCUCGCUUCAUCCAUCAAGGAUCUCGCCAGAUCCCCUACCUUGGCACCGGGAAUCGGGCCGGACUCGGAGAUCGCCGGGAUCAUUGCAGAAGCGGUAGCGGCAACAGCGGCCACGUCGACGGAAGUUUUCCUGUCAGUGUCUGGCUGGGGUUCUUGGAUGGUCUGGGCGAUGAAGAGGCCGUCGAAGAAGGGCUUGGAGGAGGCGGAGAUGGUGGCAAUGGAGAAGCUCGAAGAGCUGAUGGAGCGCAUCGAGGGAUUGGAGGACGGAAGCGGGACGGUGUUUAGGAGUCUGGUGAACACGCGAGUCACGCUUCUUAACAUGCUCACGCCUUCUUUCUAG